AGGGCCCGUAUCGCAUCCUCAUACUUGUUAGAAAUCCUGCUACCUACAAUCGCAGCUCCAGGGAAAAAUCAGACUUGUCUGAGACCUGUAACAAAAAAGAUUCACCAUGACCAGCAAUGCAGAAGGACUAGCCGCAGCGGCCUUGGCCAGCAUGAACUCUCCCAGCUUCCAAGGGCAAGAGAAAAUGGCGGAUCCCCCCAAGAAGAAGAACGGUGGCAACAGAGGACGAGGAAAGCAAGUGGAACUCAAAUUCCCAGUGGAGCCUCGCGUCAUUCAAGUGAUCAAGAAGCCUCGUACCAUCAUGAACCACUCUUACCGUGAUUUCUCCUGCGUCCCUCCCGAGGCAGGCGAAGUGGUCCCAACAGAUAUCAACCAGAUGACCUUCCCUCAAAAGGUACACCAUAUCCUUUCUCAGCCUGAAAACUCCAAGUUCAUCAGCUGGAUGCCUCAUGGAAGAGCAUUCCGAAUCAGCAUCCCCAAGCUCUUCGAAUCGAAGGUGUGCGCCAAGUAUUUUGGCCACACUCGCUACAGUUCCUUCCUAAGGCAGCUCUCGAACCAUUCCUUCAAGCACCUCACGCAGGGCACCGACAGGAAUUGUUAUUAUCAUGAGUUCAUGCUUCGAGGGCUACCCCAUCUCGGAAAGUACAUGCCCAGGCCAAAGGACGCAAGGCGCUUGGUCCCCGAUCCUUCCAACGAGCCCGACUUUAACGCCAUCAGCAAAGCCUUUCCUCUUCCUGGUGGAAAUGGUAAUGGUGUGAACGCGGAGCCCACGCAAGAACCACAGGCUGCUGCCAACAUGCCAGUUGCCGGCAGUCCUCGUCUUGCAUCUGUUCUUGUUUCCACUAGUGGUGGAAACAGUCCCAUGCCACCGGCAAAGAAACCCCGAAUGGAACCUGUGGUACAGGCUACCCCACAAUUCCCUCUCCAUGUGCCGCCUGUGCAAAGCCCUGUGCAAGCACCUCAGGUACAACUUCCGGUUCAGGUAGCGCUUCAAUUGGCGCUUCAAGCUCCUAUUCCUGCGCCCGCACCUGUCCAGGCGCCAGCCCCUGUUUCGUGCCCUCAGCAGCAAGUUCCGAAUGUCAGUUCCCAAGAAGCCCAGCAGAUUUUGCAUCUGUUGGUCAAUCACGCUGCGAACACAUCCAAUCCUCCCAGGGUUGUCUCCGCUCCUGCCCCCCCUCCGCCACCUCCCCAGCCGGACAACAGCUUGGUACUACAAGAAUUGGCUGCACUAUUGAGAGGCAAUCAAGGUUUUACCCUGAACCAGCCUGCUGCUCCUGCCCCACCUCCGCCGCCACCACAAGCUCCCCAACCGCCAUGCAACUCGGCGCUACAAGACUUGGCGGCGCUUUUAAGAAGCAGCCAAGGUGUGACUGUAAACCAGCCCGUGGUCGCUGCACCUGCACCUUCGGCGCUUCAAACCGCCCAAUGGCAAGCGGCACAGGAACGAAACGAUGCUGUGGUGGCUGUGAUACGAGGAGGUUUGCGAGCUCGAUUGGAAGAAACUCCGACGCCUCCUCCUGUUUCCAACAACUCGAACGAACUUGCUACCGUGCUGGCAGCUGCGCUUGUUCAACAAUUCAACAGCAACCGUGGAGGGUGCUCGAACCGCCACUAAGAGAAAAGAUGGAUGCCUUAUACUUUGCUUUCUACAUGACGAUACAUGAAAAUACGAUCUAGCCACAAAGGCUCAAGGCUGGUUGCAUUCAUCUUUUAUUACAUUACAAUGCACUCACUCUCAGGAAAGUCGACCAGCACACCGAUAAUCUGGAUAGUCCCUUACUUUUAAACCAUACAUAAUCAGAUCUCUUCACUAAACAAUACAUUACCGGGUCCCUUCACUGAAAGG